ACAGCACAGGCGGUGUUUCCAGGUGCUGUUGCGGUGAAGAUGGACUUUAGCACUAGUUGUAAUGGUUUAUUUGCCUUCUGAAGCUAGCUAGCUGUGUCUCGGAGGUUUGUUUUUCCCUGUCAAAUCCCCGUGGGAAGGGUUCGAGAACUGGGCUAGCCUGACAAAGACCGCAAAAAAUGCACCCUGACUCGGAAUUGAUAAUUUGAACUGCAUCGCUGGGAUAAAUCAUUUAUGCGGUCAUGGCUGGGCUGAUCAAGAAACAGAUCCUCAAACACCUCUCCAGGUUUGCUAAGAACCUGUCCCCAGACAAGAUCAACCUGAGCACGUUGAAGGGCGAGGGCCAGCUCACCAACCUGGAGCUGGAUGAGGAGGUUCUGCAGAGCAUGUUGGACCUGCCCACCUGGCUGGCCAUCAACAAAGUGGGCUGCAACAAGGCUGCCAUCCGGAUCCCGUGGACCAAGCUGAAGACCCACCCCAUCUCUCUGACCCUGGACAAGGUGGUAAUGGAGAUGAGCACCUGUGAUGAGCCCCGCCCCCCCAACGGCCCGUCUCCCAUAGCAACGGCCUCUGGGCAAAGUGAGUAUGGCUUUGCUGAGAAGGUGGUGGAGGGCAUCUCUCUGUCCAUCAACUCCAUCGUGGUGAAGAUCAGUGCCAAGGCGUUCAACGCCUCCUUUGAGUUGAGCCAGCUGCAGGUCUACUCCGUCAACACCAGCUGGAGCCUGUCAGACCUCCGCUUCACACGCAUACAGGACCCACACAGAGGAGAGAUACUGACGUUUAAGGAGAUCAGCUGGCAGAUGAUCCGAAUCGAGGCGGACGCCAUCCAGAGUGCCCAGAACGAGAUGCUGAGUGCCCCCAUCCGCCUCAUCACCAACCAGUCCAAGAUCAGAGUCACCCUGAAGAGACGGUCCAAGGACUGUAACGUGGUGGCCUCUAAGCUGAUCCUGAUCCUAGAUGACCUGCUGUGGGUGCUGACUGACUCACAGCUCAAAGCCAUGGUCCAGUACGCCAAGUCACUCAGUGAAGCCAUGGACAAGUCUGCUCAGCAGAGGAAGAGCAUGGCCACCGAGGACCAGGAGUCGUCGGCGCCCCCCUCAGCCCAGCAGGUGCGUAGCCAGCAGGUGUCGUCAGGCACAGCGGCUGACCAGAGCGCCACCAUGGCAAAUCUGUUCACUGCCUUCGACGUGUGUGAGACCUCCCACCACCUGCAGAUCACACACCUCGACCUGCACAUCUGUGACGACAUACACGCCAAGGACAGAGUGAUCAAUAAGAGGAUAACCGGUGGGGCCAUGCAGCUCUCCUUCAGUCACAUUACCCUGGACUACUACCCCUCCCACAGAGCAGGUGAGAGUUGUCUCCACUGGAUGCAGUACAGUGAGGCCACUAAGGCCAGGGAGGGCUGGGCCAGGAGUCUACUGGAGGAGUUCAAGUCUAAUGUGGAGAUGUUGAAGACUGCCAAGAGAGACCGGGAGGGCCUGGCCAACUGUCACACCUCACCACAGCACGGUAAGAUCAGUACUAGUUCUACCAGUAUCCUCAGUUCUCCCCAGACCCCCAAGACGCAGCUCCUGUCCAGCUCCAUUGUCCUCAGGAUAGCUGACUUCAGCAUCUACCAGGUGUCCACAGCAGACCAGCGUCGCUCCAGCCCUAAGGCCAUGAUCUCCUGUAAUAAGAAGUCCCUGUACCUCCCUCCUGAGAUGCCUGCCAUCCACGUCGAGUUCACCGAAUACUACUUCCCUGACGGAAAGGACUACCCCAUCCCUUGCCCCAACCUGUAUGUGCAGCUGAAUGCGCUGCAGCUGGUGCUGGACCCCAGGAGCCUGGUGUGGUGCAACCUGUUUGCUCUGGACCUGAGGCAGAGCCUGGAACAGUUCAUGGAGCUCUACAAGCUCAACGACGAGGAACAGAAGCCUGACGAGCACAUCGACAUCAGGGUGGACGGACUAAUGCUCAAGUUGUUAGUGCCCACGGACAGGGACCCCUCCUAUCCCCAGGACCUCCCCCGCUCCGUCUCUGUCCAAUGCUCGGAGAUGGUGGCUACCAACACCCGCCACCCCCCCAACUGCUCCCGCUCCCACCUGGAAGCCCUCCUCCUCUCCUUCCAAGAACAACAGUUCUUCUCCACCUCCUUUUCCUCCUUCCCUCGCUCCUCCACCUCCUUCCCAGUGAUCCACCCCAUUUUCCAGCGCCACGCGCAUGAGCAGGACACUAUGUUGCACAAUGUGUAUAAAGGGUUGGUGUCGCCCUCGUUGGGCGUGGAUGCCCUCAAAAUGCCAGCUGCCACAGACUUGUGGGCGGUUCACUUUGCCCAGUUCUGGGUGGACUACGAGGGGACGCGCGGCGGGAAGGGGCGGCCCCAGCCCUUCGUCGACGCCUUCCCCCUCACUCUGUGGACGUGCCAGCCGGUCAGACACGCCCAGCACCAGGAGCGGCUAAUGGGCGGGGCUUCGAGAGGGCAGAGAACGCCCCUUUCUGCAGCUGCAGGCCUGGCCAGGAGCGAGCCUGUGGAUACCGUGGGACGUCUGCAGAGGAAGAGGCUUUUGAAGGAGUACUAUAGUACUGUUACGGACGCCACGGCAACAGAGGCCUCGCUGCCGCCUAGCAACGGGCUUCACAAGCCACUGUCCCUGGACAACAUCCCCCCACCUUCCUCGUCUUCCUCUUCCAGUAAGGAGGCAGACAUGCACAUGUUAGUGCACGUACAGAAGCAUUUGAGCGCACAGGUGAGCCACAGGCAGUACAUGUUCCUGAUGCGGCUUCAGCGCAGCAUCAAAGCCUUGCAGCACACCCUGCAACAGGACCUGGAGGGGAUGGGCUCCAAACGAGACAAGGCAAAGACCACAUCGGACCCCCCUCCAGACCACCAGCCCUUCAGUGCCUGUGUGGGGAUCCUGCUCAAAAGUGCGGAGGUAGCUCUCCUCUUGAAGCCGGUCCCCCAGCCCGAGGGUCCUGGUUCCCCCCUAGGGUCAGAGUUGUCCCCCUCGGAGAGUAGAUGCACCUUGGAGACUGGGAGUGACGGAGGGGAGGGGGGAGAGAGAGGAACCCACGUGGAGGGGGCUGGGACGAAGGGAAGCUGUACAGUGGACCAGCUUAUGUGUGGGGGAGGGGUAGAGGGUGGGAUAACGCAAGGCCCUGCCCCUCUCAUCCCCGCCUCCGCCCCCAACAUGAAGGCGUCUCUUGACGAGAGGACAGGGAGAUCGAGUUCAGAGGAGUUGGGAGAGGCUUCCCUGGAGGCCCGGACUGGGGGAGAGGAGCCGGGGACCGGAGUUGAUUGUAAAGCCCAGCAGGGUGAGUCCUCCAGUGCAGACCCCACUCUCUCAGACCCACUCUCCACCAAAGACUGGAACGAGAAGAACCCUGGGGCCAGACUGCCUGAGUCUAUGUCCAGUGGGCGUCUGAUGAGGGAGCGUUCCCAGUCCAGUUUCUCAGUGUCCUAUAAGAACAUGAAGAAGACUCCAUCUCUGCAGUCCUUGGACAACCUCUCCAUAGACAGCUACCUGAUGGAGGACGGAGACACAGACACAUACAGCCUGCUGGAGAGGGACGACGUGUCCAUCUCAGGCUUUAAGGAUGUGGUGAGGGAUCAGAGUGCCACAGAAAUUGCCAAGGAGGCAGCAGCCUUAGCGGCCAUGGGCACAGGGGAGCAGGACGGUGCUGGCUCACCAGAUACUGUCAGUGCCACCUCCCAGAGCAUUGACGAACCCACCAAAGACAUGGUGUCGGUGCUGGUGCUGAAGGUGCAGUGUGUGUGUGGGGGGAUGGAAGUGCGAGGGGAGAGCACAACUGUAUCUCUGGAGGUGGGCUGCGUCAGACCCACACAGCUGGGAAACGUCAGCCUCCGACAAUACCUCAGCAACCGCAGCCUGGGUAUGGUACCCACUGCUCAGGGCAGCACUAUUGUACCCCCUGCCCCAGGCAGCGAAGGUGGUGGUCUGGAGGCCAAUUCAGACGGGACCACCCAUCUCCCGGAGGUCAGGGCUCGGCUGGAGAGCGGGCCCUGUGCCGCCGCCCACUCCCCCCUGGCCGAGACCAACGGUUUCCUCCAGCUGCGUCUCCACGGCUACCGGGCCAGCUUCCUCAUGUCGUCGCUAAGGAACCUGGCUCACUUCCUGGAGGAUGACUCCGCCCCCCAGGUCCUCCCGAUGGAGAUCAGCGUCAGGAACACACACAUCGACCUAAAGGAUGAUGGUCCCCGUGACAACCCGUCUGACCCUGAUCCCACCCCCAUCACCCUGCACAUCUCCAACCUGCUCAUCCACAGGACCGACGAUGGAGCCUUCUCUAUAGGGGUGGAAAAUGCAUCUGAGGCGGGGCCUAAGAAAGAAGUCCAAUUGAUUGACAGCGGUCUGUCUCCAGUCCCUGAGAGUGUGGUCAGCAGCACUCCAAAGGCCACACAGACCCCCAGCCCUCCUAGCCCUAGCACAACCCCCUCCAACAAAGAACAGCUGCUGAUAGAGGAGAACGAGUGUUUGAAACUGGAGCUCUCCAAAGCCAAGAUGGCUCUAGCUGAGGCCCAAAUGGAGAAGGACUCCCUGUUGCACCGCAUGAAGAGUCUCAAAGUGAACAGCAGCUAGGGUAGGCCAACAGAGGCCCAGUGACCACCAGUCUGUAGUGCUGCAUAUCACCACAGGGGGGAAGCAGAGAGGAGAGGGGGUGCUGGAUACUGGAGCUACUUGAUAUAGCAUCACACAAGUAUUAUUCAAGAAUCAGCCAGGUCAUUCAAGCCUGUUCUGAUGAAGGGCUGGUCGCCUAAGAACUAAACCACACACACACACAAGCAGUCCCUGAACUAGAGAGGGGGGCUACUUUUUCACUUCAGCCCACCUACCACCCUCAUCUCUACCCCCAGUAGAGGAACUGGAGAGUGGACCGUGUUAGACUUUCAUCCCCUCCUCGAUAGUGCUGCCGUGUCAUCUCUGGGCUGGGACUAGGACAUGCUUGUUUUACAUGAUUGUUGUGCUUGUUUUGAAUUUCUCUCUUUAUGCAGUAAGUUAGUGUUCAGUCUCUCCAGUAAUCCGACUCUGCAAGCCAGAGCAGCCUCCUAAAUAUGGGAGCGAUGAAGGGGAGAGGGGACGAAUCUAAAUUAUACAGCCCUCAAGUGGAAUGGAGGGGCUAGGGAGGUGUGGUGGGAGUCCUGAAUGUUAGUCUCGGGGGAAAAGUUGCCCUCCCCGAAUCGAUACCUUAAAUAGGAGAAACAAUGCAAAAAUGGGCAACUUUAUCAAGCAUCACAUAUGUAAUGACCUUUGGGGCUUGCCUGGUUGGGUGGGGUGAGACACUGAAUGUCAUAUCUUUGGAGGAAUGUCUUAAAAAUAGACUUAUUUUGCACUGCGCUGAAACAGAACAUGUAAUUUGGUGCUUAUGAAAAAAAUGUAUCUAGCGCUGAACCAAUUGUAUUUGGAGUGUGUAUGGUAAUGUACUUAUGAUGGGAAAAGCGUUCACAAUGUUUUCUACUGAAUGGUUGUGCAGUGUGUGUUCAACAUGUAUUUGUCAUGUAACUAAAACAAGCAUUUCAUUUAAUUGAAAAGGAAAAUAUACAAUUAUAUAUUUUCACAUUUACUUUUCUUCCAUUCCAUCUAGUUGAUGUCUACAAUGCCCAUAAUGUCCCAUUGCACUGUUUAUUCCCCCCUAUUUUUCUACAUGUAAAUAGCUAGUUGUGUGUCCAGCACUUUUGAACUAUAUUCACUGUAAAUACGAUCCCUGUACGAAAGCAUCAUCCAAUCCGGUUGAGAACACUAUCCUAUCAUCUCUCGAUCAUCCAAUGAGUGGAAAGAACACUAAUAUGGAGAGCAAGUUACCAUCUCUAUUCUCCUAUGAGGAUAAAGCCUGGGGUGUAUUCAUUAUUCGGAUUCCUUUACAAAAUGUAUUUUCUGUUCAAAACGUUUUGCAAC